AUGUUCUUGAAAUUUUUACUUUUUGCUUAUCUUCACAGGAUUGUGGUGAGUUUUAGAGUUGGAAAAAAACGAAAUGUCCAACAAAAAUGAAGCUCACAAGAACAAUUCUAGAUAACUACAAAUCUGAUCAUAGUUUGGGGAAGUUAUGAUACUGCCUUUACGGAUGUUCUAUAUUCGAACAAUAAUCUCACUGUUGAUGAGGAAUGUUGGAAACUUCUAGAAGCAUCUUCCGAUUACGAAAUUGCUUUUUGGAUCAAUUUAAUAUGUUAUUUGAAUACCUAUGAAUUUGUACAGUCUGUUAAACCGGAUGUGGGAAAAACUAAAAAGAUCGCAUUCAAGGUUUCAAACAAUAUCACUUCGUGUCCAAAAAACUUCACAUCUGCUCAAUCAACUAACCACAAAAUAUCGUAUGAUGGAAAAUAUUGGCAAAUUAAUGGUGAGCUGGGUUCUAAAAACGAAAUUCGGGGGACCUUGGCAUAGUACUAUUGAUUUUCCCGAACACAAAUUUCCAGCCAAAAUUCCAUGUGAAAAUUUCUGGUCAAUACGAGAUGGAACUGUUGUUUGCGUUGAGGUAAGUACGAAUCAUGAAAUCUGUUUUUUUUUUUGACAAAUUAAUUUUUAGAUCGUACGUUAUAAAAAUAUUUUCACUUUUUCUGAAGCAAUUUCCAAUUCCAUAGCACGAAGUGAAACUCUUUCUUCCCCAACCAACAUCAAAAAAACUAUCGAUGUUUACAAUUAUUAUGGUAAAAUUGAAAACCAAACGAGAAUUCGAGUUGUCACAGAUGCAAAACGAAGUGAUUCAUGCAAUACACUAAACAAAAUAUCAACAUCCGAAUGUCAAUAUCCAAAUGGUUUUGAUUUCAAAGAUCCAACGAAUCCAAAUCAUUCUCGUUUUAAAUUUGUCAAAAAUCCAACAAUUUCCACAGAAUAUCGAUGCGUUGCUAUGUACUUGGAUCUUCAAGAUUCAAUACUGAAUGGAAAAUUCGAUUUUAUCAAAUGCUACGAAGAAUGUGAUGAUGCAUAUUGCUCAUACUAUACAGUUAAUAUCAAUCCUCCCUAA